AUGGCGAAAACCAAACCGCAAGACCGGACACGGAAAUCCAAGAAAAGCGCCGGAGCCCCCUCCUCCUCCUCAACCGACGCCAAAACCAAGAAGCCCAAAGCCUCGCCGGAAACCCUCCUCCUCCAAGCCGCCGCCUACCUCCAGACGUCGCAGCCAGAAGAGGCGCUCGUGGAAGCCCGACGAGCGCUGAACCUCCUCCAACCAACCUCCGAGCCCACGCUCGCGGCCCUGCCCGCGCUCAACCUGCUCGGGGAGAUAUACGUCGAGCUUGGGGACCCCGAGGCCGCGCGGGAGGCAUUCCUCGUCGCGGUCGCGCUGGACGGCGACGGCGCGAGCGACGGCGCGGAGAAGUUUCUGUGGCUGGCGCAGUUGAACGAGGAGGGCGGGGCGGAGAGCGUGCGGUGGUUUGAGAAGGGGGUGGAGGUGUUGAAGAGGGAGGUUGGGGAGCUGGAGGGGAGGGCCGCCGCCAAGAAGGCGGGGGAGGUUGCGGACGCGCUGGAGGAGAAGAAGUUGAAGAUUGCGAAUGCCAUGUGCGGCAUUGCGGAGGUGUACAUGACGGAUCUUUCGUGGGAGGAUGAGGCGGAGGCGAGGUGCGAGGCUGCGGUCACCGAGGCGCUGUUCGUUGCGCCCGAGAGCGCGGAGCCGUUGCAAACGCUGGCUUCGAUUCGCAUCUCGCAGUCGAGGAUCGAUGACGCGAAGGCCGCGCUGAAGAGGAGCAUGGAGCUGUGGAAGGAGUUGGACCCCAACGACCCCAGGAUUCCCGAUUACCCCACACGGAUCAGUCUGUCACGGCUGCUGCUGGAGAGUGAGAUGGAGGACGAGGCCAUUGAGGUGCUUGAACGACUAGUGCAGGAGAACGACAGCAGCGUCGAGGCAUGGUAUCUGGGCGGCUGGUGUCUGUACCUACUCGCCGACAAGCAGAAGGCGGGCGGGCAGGGUGAGACCGCGACAGCACUACAGCGUGCCAGCCGCGACUGGUUGGAGAACUGUCUGAAGCUAUACACGCUACUUGAAUACGAGGACGACCGCCUGAGAGAGCACGCCCAGGAGCUCUUGAAGGGCCUCGAUGAAACCCUAGGCCCAGCUACCGGCGAGGACGAAGAGCCAUGGGAGGACACCGACGGCGAGGGCGACGAGGAUGAGAAGAUGGGGGACACUUGA